AUGGCUCUCACUUUUCAGCCAUACAACCUUACUUUACCUUCUUAUAGUCCUGUAUUCACCUACACUCCUUUUCGAGAUGGACCUUCGUCCCUGGGAUGGAAUUCCUCUUACACUGAUUAUUCCGUUACGGAUACCAUCAGAAACUCAGCGGCAGUCCCUCUGGGAUACUAUCGAGGGUUUGGAAUUGCCUACCGAGAAACAGAGUAUGCAGGAGCUACGGUGAGCCUCAACUUCACCGGUAGCGCAGUCUACAUGUGCUUCUCAACGGAUGGAUCAUGGAUCGUCACUCUCGACGGGCAGGAGAUGCUGACGACGGGCCACUUGCCCGAUGACGCUUGCUCUGGAUAUGGGUCACUCGUCAAGCAGAUGUCUGUGGCUACCAACAUUUCCUCAAGCUCCCAUAGCAUCAUAUUGCAAGCUUCGGGAGGGUCUACCGGAGCAAUGAGUUUCUUCGGAGCUGUGGUGACAAUGAACGCGGGUCAGCCUGGACCUAAAAAGACGAACAUCAUCAACAGUGAUGAUCCUGGAUGGGAUUGGCAAGGUGCAUGGAUCGUUGAGACGGAUGAUACCUACAUGUGGAACGGAGUAUAUCGGGCAGGCGCGACAUACGCUCCAGACACAAUCGCAACUUAUACCUUUAAAGGCGCAUCUGCCUUCAUACUUCGUGGUCUAUCGAUGUUCAACUACGGCCCUUAUACCAUCACGCUAGACGGAAUGGAGACAUCGUCCUUCAACGCCAGCGAUCUGUAUUGGCGACAUUCUGAAACAAUUCUCUAUUUUGCAAGUGGCCUGGACCCAUCUGUGCCGCAUACCAUCAGCGUUAUGAAUUACGUACCAGCAUUCCCGAAGGUGAUGCCACUGAUUCCAGGUGGUUUGGUCAGCAGCUCUGUCAGUACCCUCAUCCUCGUUAUGGACGACACCGUUACACGAGAUGCAAUGCUUGCGGUGGCCACCCCAUCCCGGCCCGCUCCCUCGAUGAUAUCGGCUGGCACUAUCGCAGCGGCCGUCCUUGGCGGACUCCUCCUGCUCGUGCUGGGGUUGAACGUACUUCUUUUUGUCCUGUGGUCUCGGCUGAAGAAGGAAACUCGAUAUACGAUGCCUCAAAACGAACCAGAGAAAGACAUGUUGCCGCCCCUUCCUGUGCCAUGGGCGCUCAACACUCACACGAGCUCGACGGCGCGUAUCAAUUCGGAGACAGCUAGCCUUCCAAGUUCAGGCAUGGUCACGCCUGUGGCAGCAGGCUACUCCCUGAAUAAUCAACGACGGGAGAAGCGCAUGAAUCGGACUAUCGCGAAUCCCGAUCCCGUCGAGAUGACCUCGAUGUCCUCACAUACAAAUGUGAACCAGUCACAAAAUGUCCAAGGCGCGCCAAGGUCUCCCGAACUCGGCGAACUGGUGCAAGGCUUGUCAACACUGUUGAAUACCCAUCUACAUAAGGAGUAUUUGCAACGAGAGCGCGAGGAGACGGAAGGAUAUGGACCACCAGUGUACCGGGACAACUAG